CUAUCUCAUCAGUCCUCCUCUUCCAUGGCUUCCUCGAUGAGCUCGACGAUGAUGCCAUAGGCCGCCCUUCCCCUCGCCCCCCUCCAGCAUACGCGCCACCUGCUGCCCGUACGCCUCUAUCGCGCCCUCCACCACGCCCUCACCUGAUGCCACAAACACACCUGUAAGGACACAUCAGCCAGCCAGCAAGCAACAGAGAAGAAGAGAGAGUGAUCGAUUGAUUCGAUUCAUGCAUCCAUUCAUUCAUUCAGACUGCGGCGAAAAGGCCGACGUACCUGCCAGCUUGCGUGUGAAUGCCGUCCACAAAGGCGCCCCCCUCAUCUGCUCGUCGCCCAGCCCCGCCAGCCGCCCCGCCAGCCACGACGUCGCCAUGGACCCAAUAGACGAUUCCGUCACGUUGGGCGCGAAAAGGAACUCCUCGGCCUGGUCGAUGGUGAAGCCCAUGAAGGACGAGAGGCUGCCUUCAAAUGACGGCCACUGAGCGUCGUCGGCCAGAGAUGCCGCCAU